CCAAACAGCACUUAAAUCACAAAUCCCCCCACUUUGACAAAUCGCGUACUCGUUUCUUUGUAACACAGAUACAGAGAUCUGUACGCCUCUCUCGACCUUUUUGCAUGGACAUGUCCGUCUUGAUUCGAUCCCAUCAUCCUUUACGUAAAUUUACCGUGGUUUUUCACCGCACUCGUCAGCUGUCUUAUUUAUUCUAACCCUUUUUUAUUUAUCUCAGCACCUGUCACAAAUGGGUAAACGUAGUUCGCAACGCAAGAAUGUGGCAGCCACAUUGGAUAGCUCCGAUACGGACAGUGCGAGUUCGACUUCCACUUUGCGGUCCGAUCAAAUGUUGUUGUCGGGUGGUUUCGAUUUUCAGCUUGAGAAAGAUAGUGUCCUUGAUCAGGCUUUAGAUGAUUUAUACGAAAAGAGGUCGUCAACUAGGGAAAAGGCUUUGGUAAAGAUUAUAGUGGCUUUUAAUAGCAAAUUGCAGCAUGAAUUUGUCGAAAAGAAGUUUGCGACAUUACUGCACCAGUGUUUGAACUCCAUAAAGAAGGGAUCUUCCAGUGAAAUAGCAUUAGCAUCCCACACUAUCGGACUGUUAGCACUGACCAUAGGUCCAGGGGAGAGAGCCCAAGAAAUAUUGGAAGAAUCAUUUUCUCCUAUUAUAGAAGCUCUAAAAUCUAAGUCAGACACAACUAAGAUUUUAGCGUUAUUGGAAUGUUUGGCUAUUAUCACUUUUAUUGGCGGGGACAACCCAGAGGAAACAGAAAAAUCAAUGCAAACAAUGUGGCAAGUGGUUCUUCCGAAACUUGGUUCUAAUGUAGUUACUAUAAAACCUUCACCUGCUGUUAUAACAUCAGCGGUCUCUGCUUGGUCAUUUCUCCUUACAACAAUGGAUGGUUGGACGCUGAAUCAAAAAAUUUGGCUAGAGUCCAUUUCUUAUCUCUCUUCUUUGCUAGACAAGGAUGAUAGAUUAAUUCGGAUUGCAGCUGGUGAAGCACUUGCUUUGAUUUUUGAGAUGGGAUACCUGGAAAAGUUUUCUAUCGCAACCACAGGUUUAAGUGACAGCUCCAAUCACAACAGGAUCAAGGCUCGAGAACUCGCACAUAUUCAAGGAUUGAGGGCAAAGAUCCUUAAUCAAGUGAAAAGCCUCUCUAUGGAGGCAGGCGGUAAAGGUUCUGUCAAGAAAGAUCUUAACUUUCAGAGGAACACUUUCCGUGACAUAUUGGAAUAUCUGGAGGAUGGUUAUAGUCCAGAGAUAUCGAUGAAGAUUGGUAGAGCGUCCUUCAGCACGAUAACAUGGUCUCAACUGAUACAGCUCAAUUUUCUGAAGCAUUUUCUUGGAAGUGGAUUUGUCAAGCAGAUGCAGGAAAAUGAAGUUCUUCAUGAUAUUUUUGGCUUCUCACCAAAAAGAAAACUCUUUUCUGGUACUGAAAAGCAUAUAUCUGGCACAGAGAAGAGGAUGUACAAGUCACCAAAUUCAGUCCUCAACAAGUCAAGGACUCGGUUCUUAAACAAGCAGCGAAUGCUGUGUCAGGAUCGGAAUGCUGGACACUUUGCAGCAGCUGAUAUGGGUAAUGAUGAUGUUUAGAGUCGACACAAAUUCAUUUAGUACUAUAAACCAAUUGGGGUGGUGAAAUAGCGGUUUGAUUAGGCCAACCCCUGCUGUAACUUUUAUUAAUGUCCCAACAAUGUAUAAUAUGGGACUUAAUUUAAUUGGUUUAGUGAUUGGUAGCAUGCUUGCACAAAUACAUUUAGUAUACAGAAAUAUACUCAUCCUUGAAGCAGUUCUGUAGAUUACAUUCAUGUUUAAAGCAUCAAUAAUUGCGAUACUGAGAA